AUGGGGAAGAAGGAAAAGACCACCCAAGAAAAGGAAAACCAAAUGACUGACUCCAAAAAUGAUGCAGAGCUCACAAAUUAUCCCUCCUCACAGAGUGGGUUGGUAAGAGAAAAGAACCCACAUAGCACAACCUCCUUGGGGAAUAGGGCCCUAAGGAAGGGAAAUACCUCCAAAGGUGAAAAUGAAGUGCAAGAAAAUGUGGAAGACACACACAUUAGUAACUCCAACGCUAGUAGAAAUGAUACCACAUCAAAGUACAACAUAUUUAUAGAUAAGGAGGGCGCCAUAAAUAGUAUUUUGAGUUCCACGUUUGCUGGAAUAAUGUCCAGGACCGUUACAGCCCCACUGGACAGGGUAAAGUACAUAAUGCAGGUAACGAAUAAUUUGCCUAUUUAUAAAAUUUUCGAAAUAAUAAAAAAGGAUGGAAUGGUGUGUGGAUUCUUCAGAGGUAAUUGUGUGAAUAUCGUAAAGAUAAUUCCGGAGCUGUCCAUAAAAAUGUACUCGUAUGAAUUUUUAAAGGUUAACGUAUACAACUACUACAGAGGUGAUGGCGCUAAUGAGACAGAGGGGGGGAGAGAAGGCAAGUAUAAUUAUGCAAAGGAUCAAGAAAACCUGGACAUUCCGUUCUUCAUUCGCUUCAUCAUUGGAAGCUCCAGCGGGGUGAUAGCAGCCCUUUUCAUUUACCCCCUCGAAAUUGUAAAAACGAGAUUAAUCGUUUCUAACAAAAAUGACCACAACGGAAUUGUCAAGUGUUUUUACAACAUUUAUAAGAAUGAACAAUUCAGGAAUUUCUACAAUGGACUCUCCAUGCACAUCUAUGGAGUCAUCCUCUUUUCGGGGUGCAAUAUGAGCAUAUACGAUUAUUUGAAAUACCUUUUUUUUACACUCUACAAGGAUUAUAUUCACUCCACGUACUGCAUGCGAAGUGGUUACAACUCGGGGGAUGAAAACGCAACGGAGGCACGAGACGCGAAUAAAUAUGUGUCUCAAAAGACACACAUCACCAAUAGCAACGAUAACAACCACAACCACAACAACACAACAACCACAAUAACGAACACAACAACAAACCACCUAACUGACGACAACAACAUCAGUAGCAACAGCUGCGGUGGAAGAGAAACCUUCCUCUCGUACAACCUACUAAACGUGUUGUCCUAUUUGAGGAACAAAUCCACCCACUGGAAUAAUCCAACUUAUGCGCACCAAAGGGAAAGUCACCUGAACAAGUCAGAAUGCGCCUAUUGUAACUAUCGAGUAAAAAACGUCAAUUGUCUGUCCUUCCUAUUUUUUGGUAUCACAAGUUCCUUCAUCGCACAAAUUGUUAGCUACCCCUUUCUCGUUUUGCGAACCCGCAUGCAAACUCUGAACAAUGAGAUCACUACAAAUUAUUUGAAUAACGAGAGGAAACACAUCAAGUCGUGUAGCUUUAUUCUGUACAAUAUCAGGGUUUAUGGGUUCAAGUCCCUCUAUCGAGGCAUCUACGUGAACCUCCUGAGGACCAUACCCGCCACGUCGAUCACGUGGUUCGCAUACGAGUACGCCAUGCGGAAGUUGCAGGCAGGAGUGAAGUUGUAG